AUGCCCACGAGGAACCUGGAGGCAGUGGAUAUCUUGGAAGCCCUCGAAUCGAAGCUCGCGUACAUUCCAGGGGGUCGUGAUCGCGAAGGAAGACCUUUGACAGUGGUUAAUGUUCCGUCCGAACUUCAGCCGACCACCAAGCCCAGGCUGGAAGCUCUGAUAGCUUAUUUCUUGUCGAUUUUUAGCGAGGAGACAAAGAAGAAUGGGUUGGUCUUGAUAGUGGAUGCGAGAAAAGGUGCAUGGCGUGUGGCUAGGUCUUGCAUUAGGCUGUCUACGGUACUUCUGGGUGCCUCUGCAGCUUCUGUCAUCGUCGUGCGGCCAGAUGGGUUUUGGGACAAGAGGGUGGACAGUUGUACAAAAUCUCAUAAAGAGGGAGAGCCGACGUACCUCACCCUGACGAGGCUGCAGCUUCACGUUGACUUUGCUCAGCUGCCGUACGAGCUGGGUGGCAACAAACCGUACGAUCACGCGGAUUGGAUCCAGAAACGCGUGAAAGUAGAAGAUUAUACGAAAGAUGCAUCCGGUCUCAUUACGAAGAUGACCGACCUGCACCAAAGACUGAUCAGCUUGGAUGGAUUUCGAAUGUCAGAAUCGGAUGACGACUUGGAAUCCUACUGGGGGAUGAGCAGCGAGCUGAUAUCUCAUGCGCGACAUAUUCUUCAGUCAGGUAGAAAUUUAGUCGGCACCAUGAGCAGAGAGUCUUCGAAAGACACUAUGGACACAGCAAAAAGAAUUCACGAGCUGAUCGACUCUAUCGAAUUAAAACAGUUGGACAUCGAAAACUCCUGGUCAGAAAUGGAAAGAAACUUGGACACGGCUAGGGUAAUCGGUGAUCUCGAGAAGGGUGUGUCGCGUGUUACAGACUGGAUCCUUGGACCCGCUGACGCCAUGUUAAACUCCUGUUGCCAGGUUGGCUUCGACGUCUCCUCUUCGGAAGACCUUCGUAGACGACACGAAGAACUCGAAUUAGAGUGCAGGGAAACAUAUGGACGAUACGCGGAAUUGCUGCACAAGAUCGACAGUUUACCAAGCACUCGUUUAUCCGAAGACUUAAAAUCCCAGAGAGACUUCAUGGACUUCGUGUGCAGAAGCUUCGCAAACAGACUGGAGAGGCGACGUAACGUGUUAAUCACUUCUCAAAGAUUUUUCAGGCUAGUUUCCGAGUAUUUCGAUAAAACGAGCGAGGUAUUCGAUAAAUUAGUAAUGGGCAAUAGAACUCACGAUUUUUCUCUCGCUGGAGCUAAUCUCUUAAAACUGGAACAUAGUCAAGCACUUUUGGAAACUUUGGAAUGCGAAUUGGUAAAGGAAGGUGAAAAAUUGUCUGAUAUCUUGUCGAUGCCUGUGAAAGACGCUCUUGGUCGAGACGUGCAUGUUGACUAUGGGGAAGACAUAGUAAACGUCAGAGACAUUUUAGAUGCGACGAAUGCCAGGAAAAAUAUCUUCAACGAUAGUGUUGAAUUGCAGAAAUUAUCGUUAAAACAGAUCGCGUUAACAUACACUUACGAAAGUGACGCUGAACAGGCUGUAAAAUGGUUGAACGAUUUGUACGACGUUUUGCUAAAAAAUCACAUGGAGAUUGGUUGCAACGCGAUCGAGAUACAGUCGCAAAAGGAAGAACAUCAAUCAUUUCAAGAAACUGCAAAGGGCACAUACGACUAUGGUUGUCAAUUAGUGAACGGCGCUCGAGUACUGAGGCUAUCCUGCAGGCUACCUCUGGAAAGUAACGCGAUUCUGUUCUCAAGGCUGAGACAGGCCUGGAAACAACUUCGAUCCGUUGGCCAAGAACAAUUAACCAGACUGAGAGUGUGCGCUGUUUUCCAUAGAAGUGUCGAAGAUCAUUGUUUGAAGCUGCACGACCUAAUCGAGACGGUGGCGUCGCUGCGUCGAUCUCUGAGACCAGAGGAUCUGGCAGCCGAGGCUCGAGCCAAGGCCGAGAUAAGGGACAUCCUGGGCAAUCGGGAGAAGCUCCUUCUCGAAGUCGGUCGAAUGGUGAGGCUGGGUCGUCUCUUGAGGACACGUUUGAAGGAACCUCUCUGUCAUCAACGGCAAGUACGACUGCGAUCUUCCUCUCGAAAGAGAACCUCGUUAUCGGCUCAAUAAUAACCCCGAGAACUGUUCAACGUCGACUCG